AUGACCCAGCCAGAAGCAGAAGAGUUCGUUACGAUCAAGACGUCUCUGCCAACCCUCCCGCUUCCGGCAAAUACAAUGCGGCCUAUCUUGACAACAGACCGGCUCCUUAUACGGCCACUAGCAUCCAGCGAUCUAGAAGCACUGCACACACUCCGAACACAACCAGAAGUCAUGAAAUGGACAACAGCCGGACGAAUCGACCAUGAUCUCAAGGAAACCCACGCCAAACUAGAUCUCUUCCUACCACCAAACGAUACCCGCACAGCCAACUGCGCCAUCUGCCUCAAGGGCUCGGGCGAGUUCAUCGGCAUAGGCGGCUGCCACCUCUACCCCGGCUGUCAUGGCUGGCCCGAGAUCGGGUAUAUGCUCCAGCAAGAGGUCUGGGGCCGGGGUCUCGCGACUGAAUUCUUGAGUGUCUGGCUACCGUUUUGGGGACGGCUGUCGAGGUCUGAGCGUGAGAUGAGGGUUCGGCGAGAUAUGCUGGCUGUCAGCGAGAAGGGAGAUGCUAAUGUGGUGCCGGUGGUGCGGGAGCGUCUGGUUGCUAUUACCGAGGCGAGCAACCUCGCUAGCCAGAAGGUCCUGCUGAAAGCUGGGUUUGAGUCUUUCUGUGGAUUUGCCGAGGUGGAUGCUACUGCUCCAGGUGGGACGGUGCAGUUGGUGGCCUUUUGCUAUUUCGUGUGA